GACAGUUUUAACAAAGCAGCAGGAAUAAAACUAGGGUACUCAGAACUUCAAAACCGGGACAAGAAGAAUUUUAGAACCAUCUCUGAGAGCCAGUGUCUGUAUCUGGAUGGAGAGGUGUACUCAAAACUUCUGCAAAUGCAUGACCCCUCAGGCUUUGAUCCUUCAUGGUUACUUUCAGUGUCCCUUAGUCAGCUGCAAGAAGAAGUUGAGGGCCCAGGAGCUUACACUGCAAAGCCUGAAGGAACUUCAUUGCUAUAUAGCAAGGAGACAGACAGAGAGAGAGAGAGAGAGAGAGAGAGAGAGAGAGAGAGAGAGAGAGAUUUGAAGAAUAUAUAUAGCUGCCAGCACCUCAAGACACUAUAAGAAGUCCAUAACACAGCAAUCAAUUUCCCUUUUAACAAAGGUAUCAAGAUCAAUAUCCAUUACUUGAUGCUUCAGCUGUAGUUGCAGUCUCUCCCAACAGUGCCCUCAUAGUUCCCAAAAACACUUAUCACUGUCCUCAAUCCUAUUGGCAUAUUUUUUAAUUUGAUACUUUUGAUA